UGCCGCGGGGCUCGGGCUGCCGCCGCCGCCGCGCCGCCGCUCCGGUCUCGGCGUGGCGCUGAGGAGGGCUCGGCUCCGGCGAGGAGGCUGCGGGAGGCUGAGGUGAAAACUGCAAAAGCGUGAGGCUGACUGAAGAGAGAAAUUACUUGUGCUGAAGUUAGUCUGGCUUCUACAAUUAAAGGAUAUUUUUGGUACUUUUUAAUUGAAGUGGAGGCGGCUUUUUUUUUUUUUAAUAAAAAACCAUGGCAGAUGUGGAUCCAGACACGUUGCUGGAAUGGCUGCAGAUGGGGCAGGGGGAUGAAAGGGAUAUGCAGCUAAUAGCCCUGGAACAGCUCUGCAUGCUGCUUCUGAUGUCAGACAACGUGGAUCGCUGUUUUGAAACAUGCCCUCCUCGAACUUUUUUGCCAGCACUGUGCAAAAUUUUUCUUGAUGAAAGUGCUCCAGACAAUGUACUGGAAGUAACAGCUCGUGCCAUAACUUAUUACCUGGAUGUAUCGGCUGAAUGUACCCGUAGGAUUGUGGGAGUGGAUGGAGCUAUCAAAGCACUUUGUAAUCGUUUAGUGGUUGUUGAACUUAACAACAGAACGAGCAGAGAUUUGGCUGAGCAAUGUGUGAAGGUGUUAGAAUUAAUCUGUACACGUGAGUCAGGAGCUGUGUUUGAAGCUGGAGGGUUGAACUGUGUUCUGACAUUCAUUCGUGACAGUGGACACCUUGUUCAUAAAGAUACUUUGCAUUCAGCUAUGGCUGUAGUAUCCAGACUCUGUGGCAAAAUGGAACCUCAGGAUUCUUCAUUAGAGAUCUGUGUGGAAUCACUGUCUAGUCUAUUGAAACAUGAAGACCAUCAGGUUUCAGAUGGAGCUUUGAGAUGCUUUGCUUCAUUAGCUGACAGAUUCACAAGGCGUGGAGUUGACCCAGCCCCAUUAGCUAAACAUGGAUUAACUGAGGAGUUGUUAUCUCGCAUGGCAGCUGCUGGUGGGACUGCCUCAGGACCAUCUUCAGCUUGCAAACCUGGACGGAGUAGCACUGGAGCACCAUCUACAGCUGCAGACUCUAAAUUAAGUAAUCAGGUGUCAACUAUUGUAAGCCUGUUGUCAACCCUGUGUAGAGGCUCUCCAGUAGUAACACAUACUUUUAAUUAUUUCCAGGAUCUCCUAAGAUCUGAACUUCCAGAUUCUAUAGAAAGUGCGUUGCAGGGUGACGAGCGAUGUGUGCUGGAUACCAUGCGGUUAGUAGAUCUUCUUUUGGUGCUACUGUUCGAAGGCAGAAAAGCCCUGCCAAAAUCUAGUGCUGGAUCUACAGGCAGAAUCCCGGGAUUGCGGAGACUGGAUAGUUCUGGAGAACGUUCUCAUCGGCAACUGAUAGAUUGCAUCCGCAGUAAGGAUACUGAUGCACUGAUAGAUGCAAUUGACACAGGAGCUUUUGAAGUAAAUUUUAUGGAUGAUGUAGGACAAACUCUUUUAAACUGGGCCUCAGCUUUUGGAACUCAGGAAAUGGUAGAAUUCCUCUGUGAAAGGGGCGCUGAUGUUAACAGAGGUCAGAGGUCAUCCUCAUUACAUUAUGCAGCAUGUUUUGGAAGACCUCAGGUAGCAAAGACUCUCUUACGACAUGGUGCAAAUCCUGAUUUGAGAGAUGAAGAUGGGAAAACUCCUCUGGACAAAGCUAGGGAAAGAGGGCACAGUGAAGUAGUAGCUAUUCUUCAGUCUCCAGGGGAUUGGAUGUGUCCUGUCAACAAAGGGGAUGAGAAGAAAAAGAAAGAUGCAAACAAGGAUGAGGAAGAAUGCAAUGAACCCAAAGGAGAUCCAGAAAUGGCACCCAUAUACUUGAAAAGACUAUUGCCUGUGUUUGCACAAACAUUUCAACAAACUAUGUUGCCUUCAAUAAGGAAAGCAAGUCUUGCACUCAUUAGAAAAAUGAUACAUUUUUGUUCUGAGGCGCUCCUGAAAGAGGUUUGUGACUCUGAUGCUGGCCAUAACCUGCCCACAAUACUGGUUGAGAUAACAGCUACAGUGCUUGAUCAAGAGGAUGAUGAUGAUGGCCAUUUGUUAGCCUUGCAAAUCAUAAGGGAUUUAGUGGAUAAAGGUGGUGAUCUUUUUCUAGACCAACUGGCUAGACUUGGUGUAAUUAGUAAAGUGUCAACUUUGGCGGGGCCAUCAUCUGAUGAUGAAAAUGAAGAGGAGUCUAAACCUGAGAAGGAGGAUGAACCACAGGAGGAUGCUAAAGAGCUGCAGCAGGGUAAACCCUACCACUGGAGAGACUGGUCAAUCAUUAGGGGAAGGGACUGCCUGUAUAUCUGGAGUGAUGCUGCAGCCCUGGAGCUAUCUAAUGGUAGUAAUGGAUGGUUCAGAUUUAUCUUGGAUGGAAAGCUGGCCACAAUGUAUUCCAGUGGGAGCCCUGAAGGAGGAUCUGACAGCUCAGAAAGUAGGAGUGAGUUCCUUGAGAAGUUGCAGAGGGCUCGAAGCCAAGUAAAACCAUCUACCACAAGCCAGCCAAUUUUAUCAACACCAGGGCCAACUAAACUUACUGUAGGAAACUGGUCACUGACCUGUUUAAAGGAAGGAGAAAUUGCUAUUCACAAUUCUGAUGGUCAGCAAGCUACAAUACUGAAAGAAGACCUGCCAGGCUUUGUGUUUGAAUCCAACAGAGGAACAAAGCAUUCGUUUACAGCUGAAACUUCCUUGGGUAAGUAUGUAGGGUCAGAAUUUGUGACUGGCUGGACAGGUAAAAGAGGAAGAAAACUGAAAUCUAAACUGGAGAAGACAAAACAAAAGGUGCGCACUAUGGCAAGAGAUUUGUAUGAUGAUCAUUUUAAAGCUGUUGAAAGUAUGCCUCGAGGAGUAGUUGUAACACUGAGGAACAUAGCAACACAGUUAGAGUCUGCAUGGGAACUUCAUGCAAACAGGCAGUGCAUUGAGGGAGAAAAUACAUGGAGAGAUUUAAUGAAGACUGCUCUGGAAAACUUAAUUGUACUGUUGAAGGAUGAGAAUACUAUUUCUCCAUAUGAAAUGUGCAGCAGUGGCUUAGUUCAAUCGCUGCUGACAGUUUUAAACAAUAAUGUUGAUUUGGAUGUGAAACAAGACUGUAGUCAACUGGUAGAGAGGAUAAACGUUUUCAAAACAGCAUUCAGCGAAAAUGAGGAUGAUGAAAGUCGUCCAGCAGUUGCAUUAAUUCGGAAGUUGAUAGCAGUGUUAGAAUCUAUUGAACGGCUACCUCUCCACUUGUAUGAUACACCAGGAUCUACGUACAAUCUUCAGAUACUGACAAGGCGCUUGAGGUUUCGUUUGGAACGUGCCUCGGGGGAGACGUCUUUGAUAGAUCGAACUGGUAGAAUGCUCAAGAUGGAGCCACUGGCAACUGUUGAAUCUCUAGAACAGUAUCUCCUGAAAAUGGUAGCAAAGCAGUGGUACGACUUUGAUAGGGCAUCAUUUGUUUUUGUACGAAAACUACGAGAAGGUCAGACAUUUGUGUUCAGGCAUCAACAUGAUUUUGAUGAAAAUGGAAUUAUUUACUGGAUUGGAACAAAUGCAAAAACUGCAUAUGAGUGGGUAAAUCCAGCAGCCUAUGGAUUAGUAGUGGUUACAUCCUCAGAAGGAAGAAAUCUGCCUUAUGGUCGUUUAGAAGACAUCCUGAGCCGUGACAGUUCAGCUCUCAAUUGUCACACAAAUGAUGAUAAGAAUGCUUGGUUUGCCAUAGACCUUGGCCUUUGGGUUAUUCCAUCAGCCUACACAUUACGCCAUGCUCGAGGUUAUGGACGAUCUGCUCUCAGAAAUUGGGUUUUCCAGGUAUCUAAGGAUGGACAGAACUGGACUACUUUGUAUACUCAUGUUGAUGACUGUAGUCUCAAUGAACCAGGGUCUACAGCAACAUGGCCUUUAGAUCCUCCAAAAGAUGAGAAGCAAGGUUGGAGACAUGUUAGAAUAAAACAGAUGGGAAAGAAUGCCAGUGGGCAAACACACUACCUCUCCCUGUCUGGAUUUGAACUUUAUGGCACUGUGAAUGGAGUAUGUGAAGAUCAGCUGGGAAAAGCUGCUAAAGAAGCUGAAGCAAAUCUGAGAAGGCAGCGACGUCUGGUCCGUUCUCAAGUGUUAAAAUACAUGGUUCCGGGAGCUCGUGUAAUCAGAGGAAUUGAUUGGAAAUGGAGAGAUCAGGAUGGAAGCCCACAGGGGGAAGGCACUGUUACAGGAGAACUGCAUAAUGGCUGGAUUGAUGUCACCUGGGAUGCUGGUGGCUCUAACUCUUACCGUAUGGGCGCAGAAGGAAAGUUUGACCUCAAGCUUGCACCAGGGUACGACCCUGAUUCAGCGGCAUCACCCAAACCUGUUUCAUCCACUGUUUCAGGCACAACGCAGUCAUGGAGCAGCUUGGUGAAAAACAACUGUCCAGACAAGACGACUGCUGCUGCAGGCUCCUCAAGUAGAAAAGGAAGCAGCAGUUCUGUGUGUAGCGUGGCAAGUAGCAGCGACAUCAGCUUGGGUUCGACCAAAAUGGAGCGGAGAUCAGAAAGUGUAUUGGAACAAAAUAUAGUUUCAGGCACUGACGUCCAUGAACCAAUUGUUGUUCUGUCUUCUGCUGACAGUGUGCCUCAGGCUGACAUAGGGUCAUCUUCCAGUGCGAGCACCAGCACCUUAACAGCGGACAUGGGAAACGAAAAUGCAGAGAGGAAGUUAGGUCCUGAUAACUCAAUACGUACUCCUGGGGAGUCCAGUGCUAUAUCCAUGGGAAUUGUUAGUGUAAGCUCUCCUGAUGUGAGUUCAGUCUCUGAACUGACUAAUAAAGAAGCAGCUUCCCAACGACCCCUAAGCUCUUCAGCGAGUAACAGACUCUCAGUCAGUUCUUUGUUGGCUGCUGGGGCACCCAUGAGCUCCAGUGCAAGUGUUCCGAACUUAUCAUCUCGAGAAACUUCCAGCCUGGAGUCCUUUGUACGCAGAGUGGCAAACAUAGCACGGACCAAUGCCACAAACAACAUGAAUUUAAGCCGGAGUAGCAGUGAUAACAAUACUAAUACUUUGGGAAGAAAUGUUGUGAGUACUGCAACUUCUCCUCUUAUGGGUGCCCAAAGUUUUCCUAAUCUGACUACAACUGGUACCACAUCAACAGUGACCAUGUCUACAUCCAGUGUUACUAGCAGCAGCAAUGUAGCUACAGCAACUACAGUUUUAUCUGUUGGUCAGUCGCUUAGUAAUACUCUAACUACUAGCCUAACAUCAACAUCUAGUGAGAGCGAUACAGGGCAGGAGGCAGAAUAUUCUUUAUAUGAUUUUCUUGAUAGCUGCCGAGCUAGUACUCUGUUGGCAGAGUUAGAUGAUGAUGAGGAUCUUCCUGAGCCAGAUGAAGAAGAUGAUGAAAAUGAAGAUGAUAACCAAGAAGAUCAAGAAUAUGAAGAAGUUAUGGAAGAAGAGGAGUAUGAAACCAAAGGAGGCCGUAGGAGAACAUGGGAUGAUGAUUAUGUGUUGAAACGACAGUUUUCUGCAUUGGUUCCUGCUUUUGACCCAAGACCUGGUCGUACUAAUGUGCAACAGACAACUGACCUAGAAAUCCCUCCACCAGGUACACCUCAUUCAGAACUCUUGGAAGAGGUUGAGUGCAUGCCUUCACCACGUUUAGCACUUACCUUGAAAGUUUCGGGUCUUGGAACAACUCGAGAAGUAGAACUACCCCUAACAAACUUUCGAUCCACCAUCUUUUACUAUGUACAGAAAUUGUUACAGCUCUCCUGUAAUGGCAGCGUGAAAUCAGACAAACUUAGACGGAUUUGGGAGCCAACAUACACAAUCAUGUACAGAGAAAUGAAGGAUUCUGAUAAGGAGAAAGAAAGUGGAAAAAUGGGUUGCUGGUCAGUAGAGCAUGUGGAGCAGUACCUUGGCACUGAUGAAUUACCAAAGAAUGACUUGAUAACCUACCUGCAGAAGAAUGCAGACUCAGCUUUCCUGCGCCACUGGAAAUUAACCGGCACUAAUAAAAGUAUUAGGAAAAACAGAAAUUGUUCCCAGCUCAUAGCUGCAUACAAGGACUUUUGUGAACAUGGAUCAAAAUCUGGAUUGAGUCAAGGGGCCAUUUCUACUCUUCAAAAUUCUGAUAUCCUUAGUUUGGCCAAGGAGCAACCCCAGGCCAAAGCUGGCAGUGGACAAAACUCCUGUGGAGUAGAAGAUGUUCUGCAGUUACUUAGAAUUUUGUAUAUAGUUGCCAGUGACCCUUACACAACACGGACUUCUCAAGAAGAAGGAGAUGAGCAUCCUCAGUUUAACUUUCCACCAGAUGAAUUCACAAGUAAAAAAAUUACUACAAAGAUUCUGCAACAGAUUGAGGAACCAUUGGCACUAGCAAGUGGAGCUUUGCCAGACUGGUGUGAGCAACUAACAAGCAAGUGUCCUUUCUUAAUUCCGUUUGAAACGAGACAGUUGUACUUCACAUGUACAGCAUUCGGAGCAUCAAGAGCGAUUGUAUGGCUGCAGAACAGACGUGAAGCCACUGUGGAACGGACAAGGACCACGAGCACAGUGCGACGGGAUGAUCCCGGGGAAUUCAGAGUUGGACGCCUCAAACAUGAAAGAGUGAAAGUUCCGCGAGGUGAAUCCUUGAUGGAAUGGGCAGAAAAUGUCAUGCAGAUUCAUGCAGACAGAAAAUCUGUUCUAGAGGUUGAGUUUUUAGGGGAGGAAGGAACAGGCCUGGGUCCCACCUUGGAAUUUUAUGCAUUGGUGGCAGCAGAAUUUCAGAGGACAGAUUUGGGAGCUUGGCUUUGUGAUGAUGAUUUUCCAGAUGAUGAGUCCCGACAGGUUGAUAUCGGUGGUGGAUUGAAACCACCUGGCUACUAUGUACAGAGAUCAUGUGGACUGUUUACAGCACCAUUCCCACAAGAUAGUGAUGAACUUGAAAGAAUAACCAAACUCUUUCAUUUCCUUGGAAUUUUCUUGGCUAAAUGCAUUCAAGACAAUAGACUUGUGGAUUUACCUAUUUCUAAGCCUUUUUUUAAACUCAUGUGUAUGGGGGACAUUAAAAGUAACAUGAGUAAGUUGAUAUAUGAAUCACGGGGUGACAGAGACUUGCACUGUACUGAAAGUCAGUCAGAGGCUUCCACAGAAGAAGGACAUGAUUCCUUGUCAGUAGGAAGUCUGGAAGAAGACUCCAAAUCAGAAUUUAUUCUUGAUCCACCAAAACCGAAGCCUCCUGCCUGGUUUAAUGGAAUUUUGACAUGGGAAGACUUUGAAUUAGUAAACCCACAUAGAGCUAGGUUUCUAAAAGAAAUUAAGGACCUUGCAAUUAAAAGACGUCAAAUUCUAAGCAACAAAAAUCUGUCAGAAGAUGAAAAGAACACCAAACUGCAGGAAUUAAUGCUGAAGAAUCCGUCAGGUUCAGGGCCUCCUCUAAGCAUAGAGGACUUGGGUUUAAAUUUCCAGUUUUGCCCUUCGUCCAAAGUAUAUGGGUUUACGGCUGUGGAUCUCAAACCAGGUGGUGAAGAUGAGACUGUAACAAUGGAUAAUGCAGAGGAGUAUGUAGAUCUCAUGUUUGACUUCUGCAUGCAUACUGGUAUACAGAAACAAAUGGAGGCCUUCAGAGAUGGCUUCAAUAGAGUCUUUCCAAUGGAGAAGCUGAGUUCCUUCAGCCAUGAAGAGGUUCAGAUGAUUCUGUGUGGAAAUCAAUCACCUUCUUGGGCAGCUGAGGAUAUCAUCAAUUACACCGAACCCAAACUGGGAUAUACAAGAGAUAGCCCUGGCUUCCUUCGAUUUGUGAGAGUCUUGUGUGGAAUGUCUUCAGAUGAGAGGAAGGCUUUCCUGCAGUUCACCACGGGUUGUUCGACGCUCCCACCAGGGGGGCUGGCAAACCUCCACCCCCGGCUCACUGUUGUGCGCAAGGUUGAUGCUACAGAUGCAAGUUACCCAUCUGUGAAUACAUGUGUGCAUUACCUAAAGUUGCCUGAGUAUUCUUCCGAGGAGAUUAUGAGGGAGCGUCUGCUAGCUGCUACCAUGGAGAAAGGCUUCCAUCUCAACUGAGCCGCUGAGCGCAGCCUGCGACAUGGAAGUGUUUUUGAUACUAGCGAAGCCUCUUGUGUUUGUGUGCAAAAAUACGAUCUCCACGCUGUGCUCUGAUGAGACUUGCCUUUUUUCACCUGUGAGGCUUUAGGAAAAUGUGGAAUGUUUGUUAGCUGCUAAUGACAAAAUAAAUCCUUGUAACUACACAGCCAGCAAGAAAUUGGCACAGAACACUGUGUGAUGCUUCAAGGGCUUGCACAACUGGAAAUUAAGGUGUUUCUGUUUGACUGUUCCAAAGAACAGAUCAUCAGAUUUUCAGUGUUCACUGAUACAAAUUUCUAACAGUGUAUUGUGUAAAGUUUGUCUUUUAAUACCCUGUACACUACGGUUGCCAUCACUGAUCCCUGUUUUGCUGGCUUUAAGCUAACUGGUCAGAAACUUGCUUCCUUUAAAAUUUAGACUUAAUGGGCAUCUCCAGCCUUUUCUUUUUUAAUGGUGCCUGCACUAUUGGAGUAUUUUAGUGGGUUUUUGCGUAUAAUCAUGCACAACCAUUUUUUUUUUCUUCUUUUUCUUUCAAGUGGGAAUAUAUUUUGAUUUCUCAAAUGCCCUGCUAUAAAGAUCAAAUCCUUAAGUGUGUUUGUGCAGCUCAACAAUAAAGCUAAUAAAAAACACUGGUUCCUAGUGCAAGGCACACUUAAAGCAAGUUUUACUUUCAGUUGUAUUUUCUUUGUAUAUUAUAAACAUUUAUUUAACUUGUUGCAGUUUGAAGUUUAAAAAAAAGCACCCAAUGUGUAAGCUCAAAAGUAAUCAUUAAAAUGUUUGCAACAUAUAAAAAUGUCUCUUCUGAAUACUUCAUUAGUACUUGCUAAAUCUCUGGACAUUCUGAACAAUGUGCCAUGCUUUUUUAAAGGUUUCAAAGAACUACAUAAGAGAACUACUGAUCUCACAAAGUCAUCUCUGUGUUCAAAUCUUUUCAGAAUUUUUCCUAAUGCAGAAUUGGAGAGGAAUAUCCACCAUCCUGCCCACUCCUGUGCCUGACGUGCUUCAGACAAACACCUGUGCCCAGGUUCAUGCAACUCUGCUCCAGUCCCAACAUCAUCUUGUUUUGAUAAACAUGUUGCUGUGUGAAAGCCCUGUGGAUUACUCUGAGACACAACACUCUUUGCUCCUUAGACACUGGUUUCUGAGUGGUGUUUAUGUGACCAGUGUGUGCUUUCACACAGAAUAUGCUUAUUCAGUAUCAGGUUGUAUGUAGGGUUGGGCUGGAGGUUAAGAAGAAGGAGGCAGAUAACUGUUCUAGAAAGGUAAGUGGAAGUAAGCUGAGAUUGCCAACUGCCCCUGACUGACAGAGUAGUGUGCAGUGUGAAUCAGCAUGCUGGAUGCCUGGGAAUGCAACUCACCGUGGCUGCAGUUUCCUGCUCAAGAAGGGAGACUUCAUUCAGUACCUACCUGGUCCUGAGAACUUGCAUGUCUUUUAUUACUCAUCUUCUGUAAGAGUUUUAAUCUUGAUGCAUAGAUAGCAUAUACAAGAGAAAAAAAAAUACACUGGUGUGCCAAAAUGGACAAGAUUUUGUGUAAUUUAUGAAGCCAACAUGACAAAAGAGCAUUAAACUUCUGAUUUUAAUUAUCUUUUAUUAAUAUUAUAAUAUUUAAGUGCUAAAUAAUUCCAGUUACAACUUGCAGAGUAUGCAGAAAUACUUAAUACAUCUGUACUUUUCUUUUUGUGUCCGUGACUUGAAUGGCAAAGGGAGGGAAACCAACUUUUUGAUGAAGGAUGAAUAUAGUCUAAAAGUAGGCAUAAAAGUCACAGAACUAUUAUUAACAGUAAAUUUGUAUGAAAAUAAAUCAAGUUGGUGCUUAAGGGAAGGACUGAAACUCAGUCUGAGUUUGUAUUUCUGUGUAUUUUGUCUUCUAGGUCUGGCAUGAUACUACAUAAUUCAAAGGGAUACCUAGUCAGUCAUGAUAUGAAAUGUUAUCAAGGGGUCACAACCUUCUAUGUGAAGAUGCAAAAAUUCUACAUUCCUCCAAGGAAGGCAUUGAAGAAGACUGCUCUGUCUCCUGGCUGCCAGUGGCUCAGACUUUGGCAGUCAGCCAUACUGCUCUGCCCAAGAGCUGGAGCAGCAUGAGUACUGAACUGCAAAUGACAACAGCUCGGGAGCCAGGUAUCUAUGUAUUUGUUCCUCCUUGCUGCGAAUGCUCUGGGCUGAACUUGGUGCUACUACUUGCUGUGUUUGUGCAGAAGGGGAAGCAAUUGUAGCACUGCUCCAGCAGAAAGUGUUCUGCUUGACCAAGAGCACAGCAUGUCUGUGUAGUAGCACAAUUCAGGUCCCCAGAUAACUUUUCUACUAAUUACUGCUAGGUGAGAAACUAUAGCUGUCAGCAGGGUCUUGGGGAUGGCCAUGGUUCAUCGGCUUCCAAUUUGCUGACCUAAACUUAACUACCUAAUUUAAUUCUAAAUAAUUUUUUAAAUACCAAACUUCUUCCUGAAUCUGACCAUAGGGCCUGCAUUGUUUCUAAAAAUCGUGUCUUUUGAUACUGAGGAGCAGUGCUGUCCUUACAACUUCAAACAGUCAUGAUUUCUGUGGUACCAAAGACAGGUGGUAGCUUUACUUGGCUUGGUAGUUUAAAGAUUGAAGCCAAAUUUCUUGCUGUGAUAAACUUACUGAGUAAAUCAGCCUUUACAGAAAUAUUUUAAUCUGAGAAAUUAGGAUUUCUUUAUUACAGUAAUGUGAGAAUUUCUAGAAAAACAGCUGUUUUGCUGCUUAGUUGACCUCUGGCACUGCUCUGCACUGGGCUACAGGAUCUGUUAAGGAAAUUAGAUAACAUUCCAUUCAGUUUCUGUUAGUGAGAAAGCCAACUCCUCCUGGCUUUUAAUUUUUACACUCUACCACUAAUUCACACUGCCCCAGUUCCCAUGGCAGAGCCCAGACAUUCCUCUAACAGUUCCAAAAGUCUAAAACCCAGACAACUUAAUCAACCAGGAUCAGUGACGAUGCAGCAACCUGCCACCCCCAUCUUAUUUUUCUGCAUCAUCCCAUUUAAGAAAACAUUUAAAUCACAUUUUAAAUGACAUUUUGUCAUCACUGUUUAUUCCCCCGCUGUAUUUCCAGAAAAGCCAAUACCGUGUCAAAGGAAAACUGUACCCAUGCAAAGAAUCUUGGAGCUGGUUCACUCAGACCCAAAGUAGUUCAAUGAGAUUACAAUUUCCCUGCAGGCCUUUCCAGGUUAUUUCCAAAUGGGCUUACUCCAUUGCAGAAAAGUGGGAUGACUUCUGUCCAUCUCUAAUAUGGUAGUCUCACAGUCAUCAUUCCAGAAAUAGUAAUUUCAUCUGCAGUUUGAAUGGGGAUACUAAUACCAUUCUGGAAAGAUCUAUCGACUUGAUUUUGGAAGGUCCCAAAGCAUUUAGCUUCUACCCUCAACAUUCCACCUCUCUUCACCACAGUGUUCUUGGCAAACAAUUGGAUUGUACAGGGAGCAACUCCUUCUUUUCCCCUUCCUGUGAGUUUCACCUAUGCUUUAUGGUUACACCUUGCCCAACACAGCUCAGCCAUUCAUGUCUGAAUGCCAUGCCCAGGGAGGCAUAUGUAUUUGAUCCUUAGCAAGGCUCAUCCUCCCCACCUGUUAACUUGUUUGGCAAGUGACCCCAAAUUUCAGGGUUUAAAGCCCUGAAGUCAUAAUCCACACCCAACUGAAAGCAGCCAAGCAAACCAGUUUGAGCAGCUGGCAACAGGAAAAAGCUGUAUUUGGUGUUUGCACUGCCAUGUGCUCCACCCAGAGCUGUCAUUUAAGGUGCUGCUUCCAGUAAGAAUCCUGGCUACCCACAAAAAGAGCACUAAGGGACUUUCACUAGAUCCAGGCAGAGGAGAACAGGACUUUUUUAAAACAAGAAUGCAGAGGAAAACAUGUUAAUCUCUACAUGCCAGCCUGGGCAAAGGUGAGUCCCCCCGGCUUUGGCUUCUCAGUUUCUGGCAAUGCUGCAGCAAGCUGCAUACCAAGCAGUAGAAGUAAAUGGUACCUACACGACUGGCAUUUUAAAUGUUACACUGACUUUUGGUAACUUAGAGCUCCCCUUCUCAAAGACAUUAAUGGUACUUUCUAUUAUCUCUUUUAUGGCAAAUGCAUACUAAGAGGAAGUACAUGUGACACAAGGAUUGUGUAUAUUGACAGUUGAGCAGGGAAGAGGGGAACGAAAGAAGGGGAAAAGGCACAGCUAGGACUUACAUGUAAUAAAUAACUUCUUCCUAUGGAGGCAUUUUAAGAGACCUCAGGGUUUUCCAGACAAGUAAUUUAAGGGUGUGUCCACAAUUAAGGGAUGAUGAUGUGCACCUUGUGAUCCCAGACCACACCCAGGAGCACAAACAAAGCUUUCUAGAUAACAGUACAGGUACAUAUGGGGCAGAUGGUUUGCUACUGAAUAUACAGCACUACAAACCCUUGAUUUCCAUAACGUACAUUCAUCUUCAACUAGAGGUUAUUUGGAGUUGCUUCUUUAUUUAAUGUAGACUCACACAUUCUGACUUAUCUUUGCCAAUGUUCACUUUCAAUAACUUUUAACCUUUCUAAUGGCAGGCAUGUUUAAGGCACUGAAACCCAUUAAAUGCUUUCUUGACUAUUUCUUCCUCAAAUGACUACACUGAUAUUAAACAGGAGACAAAGGUGCCUUCAAUUCUGUGAAAUUCUAGAACAGCUAAGCUAAUUUUAAGCUAGUCUUAUAGGUUUCCAUUUUACCCACUUAUGUUACAGUGCAAACUGACGUGCAUCCUUAUAAAUUCAGAGAAUGAAUUCAUCAUUCAAUUUUCACACUCCUUAAAUGCACUGUAUUCUCAGUGUUAUCCUACAGGGAACUGAAGACUAGUUGAUUCACAUGAAGUGUUGCCUGUAUCAAAGCUUCUUAUCUGUCCUAGGAGGAGCAGCAGCAGCUAAUUGCAAUAGAAUGUAAUGGCUUUUUUGGAUCAAAACAACAUUUUUCAGAUGCUUAGUCCUAGAGCACUCUGUCACCCCCUCCCUUCCCACAAGGGGAGCAUAAGUAUAUAUUUCUCUAGAAGUUAAUAAUGUCUUCAACUGCUUUCACCAGUUCAGGCAAUAGAAAAGUUACCUUUCGUAAUUUUAGAAACUCAUACUUACCAGUGUUUUGUUGCUUAUAAAGCUGCUGUCCUAACACGUGUUUUUAUGGUCUCUUUUGUUGUCAUCAUAGCAAGAAAGUAGUUCCUACCCCACCCAAGCUGGAGUGUUAGUGCUUCAGAAAACCCUGCCCACUUAUUUUAUAGACAAAGUGUGGUUUAUCAAGUGUUAUUAACACAUUAGGGCAUAACAUCCCAAGGACAAUUUCAGUACUUGUUCAUUCAGCUGGCCCAACAACACUGCUUACUGGUAUUAAAAACAAUCCAAUGUCAUUCCAGCCUAGGUACUUGUAAGUGUGCAACUGACUC